UGGCCACACCCUUAUCUAAGCGAUGAUACAGGCAGACGAGUCACGAGAGGCUGUUAAUAGUUUUAUAUUCCUAAUUCGGAUAAAGAGUUUGAGUUUCAUUUUGUGACUAACUGCUAAAAAGAAGCCAAAUGGGUAUAUUGUACUCGGAGCCCAUGUGUCAAGCAGCAUAUGAAGAUGAUCUCAUGAAGGUACGAGAACUGAUCUUGACCGAAGCUGGAAAUGUAAACAAUCAAGAUGAGAGAACGGGAGACACACCGAUCAUAGCCGCCUGUAGAAGUGGAAACAUCAGGAUUGUCAAAUACCUUCUAGAUCACAAUGCAAACGUAUCCAUUAGAAAUAAGAAAGAUAGGACUUGUUUGCACUAUGCUACAAGGAGAACAUUCACCUUCCUGGACUACCUGAUGAUCAUUAUUUUGAUGCCUAUUCUGUUAAUUGGCUAUCUCAUAAUGGUAGAAAAGCAAAAAAAGAAUGUGGCUCUGAUGGAGCUUCUGUUGACCAGUAAGGUGGACAUAAAUGCUAUAGACUAUAAAGGGAACACAGGACUUCACUAUGCUUGCCACAGAAAAAGUCAGAGAAUUAUUCCAUUGCUGUUGUUGAAAAAUGCAGAUGUUUCAAUAAAGAACAAAAAACAUGAAACACCACUAGAUAUUGCAAAAAGACUAAAAUUCCACAAAAUUGUCGCAAUGUUAACAAAAUCAAUGUAAAAGUAUUAACAGAAGGCUUGUAUGUUACAUUAUGUGCAGCAGCAGUGUCCUUGUCAUCUGACUGGAGUUUCACAUUGACUUUGCUCCAAUACCCACAUAAAACUUGCACUUCAUCACAUUCUCACAGAUUGUAUCACACUUACUGUUACAAAAAUACAUUUCUCACAUAAAUUAUGUUGCUAUACUGAUUUCUAUUUAUACAUACUUGUGUUUGACUGAUUUUGGUUUUGUUAAAAGCAAUGAAGUUUUUCAUAUUAAACAUUGAUAAAAGUGUACUGUGAAUUCAGUUUUUUAUGUUACGCAGUUAAAGUUGGUUUUUAUUACUGUAAUAAUAGAUUUGAAUUUGGUUUGUGCUAUAUUGUUAAAGUUGCUAAUAAAACAAACACAUUUGUAGAUUUGUAUUAAGACAAUAAAACUAUGUAAUUUUUUCUGUA